CGUCCCCCGGUGGGCUGUUCAGGAUGUAACGCCUCCCUCCCCCACCCCUCUGAUCCUCUUAUCGACAAGCAGGCGGCCAAGAUGGAUGUUGUGAACCAGUUGGUGGCCACCGGGCAGUUCACCAUAAUCAAACAGCCUUUGGGAUUUAUGAAAAUCCUACAAUGGAUUUUUGCUAUCUUUGCUUUCUCGACAUGCGGCAGCUACUCUGGCAUGUUCAAGAUGAGUGUGGAGUGUAAAAACCGGUCAGAGAGUGACCUGAGCAUUGAGGUGGAGUUUGAGUAUCCAUUCAGGCUACAUCAGGUGUACUUCGAUGCCCCAACCUGUAAGGGGGAAAGCCCUGAGCGUCUGUUCCUGAUCGGAGACUACUCCUCCUCAGCUGAGUUCUUUGUCACCGUCGGUGUCUUCUCCUUCCUCUACUCCAUGGCAGCCCUUUCUGUGUAUGUUUUCAUUCUGGAGAAAUACCGUGAAGGCUGCAAGGGAGCCCAGAUUGACUUCGUUGUGACGUCUGUGUUCACCUUCUUCUGGCUGGUCGCUUCUUCUGCCUGGGCUAAAGGUUUGUCGGAUGUGAAGGCAGCCACCGACCCAGACAAGGUCCUCUUACUGAUUGAGGCAUGCGACGAGCCGGAGAACCGCUGCCGUGAAGUCCACGACCCUGUCGUUUCUGGUCUCAACACAUCUGUGGCGUUUGGCUUCCUGAACCUGAUCCUGUGGGGAGGAAACCUGUGGUUCGUGUUCAAAGAGACCGGCUGGAUGGCAGCCUUCGGAGGCACGUAUGCACCUUCCCAGGAGAAGGCGCCUGCUCCAGAGUCCUUUGGUCAGGAAGGCUAUGGGCAAGAGGGCUACGCACAACAGGGGGACGCCUAUGCCGGCACCCAGGGAGGUUACCAGCCUGACUAUGGCCAGGGCGGAUACACAGAGGGAGGCGGAGACUAUCAGCAGGGGGGAUACGAACAGCAGCCCACCUCCUUUGCCAAUCAGAUGUGAGCUGGUCCACCCUACAGCAUCUGGAAGCUGGGCCACCCUGUAAUUUGGGAGUGUGGUGCCUGACCACCAUCCACAAUUCCCCACUCCUCUGUUUGUCUGUUUGUGCAUCUGUGAGUUGACAAGAGGAGGGAGGGAUGGAAGACGGUGGGGUCUUGGGAGGGGAAUUUAGCAACACCGUGUCCGUCUGGGUUAUUUUGGUGAGCGGGAAAUGGGUCCUUACAGUAACAUACUGUUUGUUCUGUUGAUGUAUUUAACUGUAGAAGACAACAGGGGGUUUUCCAUUUGGUCAUAUGAGGAAAAACUUGAAUACAAUAUACAAAAAACUACAAAGAUCAAUCUUAUAAGGGAAUAACACUUAAAUGGACAAUAAUGGUAGUAGUAUUUAAGAAUGUAAUUGUCUGUGCUGUGUAAAUAUCAACAUAUUAAUAUAUAAAUAUAUGUACACAGUUGAAAAAUUGUGCACUCCAUAUUAGUUGUUAUACAACAAAUGUAGAGCGCAGAGUUAUUCAAUUGUAUUUAUUUCAGUUCUGUUUAGGUCACAUAGUUCUACCCUCAUCGUGCUCUAAUAUUUAUGUUGUGUGUUUAUUUUAUUUCCCAAUAUUCGUUUGUAUUUCUCAUUUUGAUGUUUUUGUUUAUUCAUUUUCAGAAUAGAGUUACCUCUUUUCUAUUUUCUCAUUGCGCUUUUUUAUUUGUUCAACAUUACUGAGUGAGUUUGUGACUGUGACAGCAGUGGAGAGGUGUUAGCAGUGAUGUAUGUGUUUAACAUAGGUUACAUUCAUUACAACUUGUGUUCAUUGCCGUUUUAUGUUUUUCCAUCAAAAUAUUUCUCAAGCAAUGAUUUUAUGUUUGUUCCAGAGAAUCUCUUAAAAGCUGUAAAAAGUCAAAAAUGCAUCUAGGAUAAUGAAAAAGUAGUUAGCACGGUAGCACUUGGUAUUUUGCUAAUAUUAUGCUGUUCCUAAAAACUGCUGUACGUAGUGUUCUAUCAGCACUCUUAUUUAGAGAUGAUUUGAGGUUGUGAAUCAGGGAAGACAACUGAUGUUGAGGGGCAUCACUUUUUUAUUUGGAUUGUAAUGUAGUUUAGAAAUUGGCAUCUGAAGAAUUUGGUCCAGAACCCAUUCCUGUUUUAAUAUAGUCUAGGGAUGAGUCAUCAGACAGAGUUAGUCAUCAUGUUUAAUCACCAUUUAUAUUGCUCGUCUGAUCAUAACGCAUGCAAAUAUUUACACAGAAAAAAAAUCAGUAUGGCACAAUUUGCGCCGUUUUCAAGACCAUACACAAGCCAUAGGAAAUAAUGAUAGUACUUUUAACAUAUUAAUAUAGCCAACUGAGGUGUUCUGAACAGUAUCUUAUUUCCAUGUAAAAACAUAAAUCCUGCAUCCCCCACAACACCCCUUUACUCUCAAAACAAAGGAGGUUUUGCAUGUCUGACUCUUGGACUAAAAGCAGCCUGGAACAAAAGUGAAGGGGGAAAGGCAAGUGGCAUAUAAGUGUUAGAGCAUAUUAAGUAAUAUAAUGUACGUUUGGCUCAUCAUAAGGUGACAGCACAGAGCAGCUCCGAUAUAUUUCACACAAAUCACACAGAGUAUAUAUGCUACAAUAAUCAGGUUGGCCUACCCGCUGUACUGCCAAUCCUCUGUUUGGAUAGAAGAAAAACUGUAUUGCCAAAUGAUAACAGGACAGGUGCGUAUUGAGCGAUAGAUUUUGCUUCCACAGUUAUCAUCACAAUGGAAACUGAUAUUGUUUUUCAUUCAUAUUUUUCCGUUAUGCAGUUUUGGAUGGAUUCAUUUUUUUGUAUCAUUUCUUUCUUUAUCAGGCGGUGUAGAGACACCUGACUUUCUAUCUCUUCCUCUGUGUUCUCUCUCUCUUUCUAUCUCUCUCUUUCCAUCGCUCUCUCUUUUUUCUCUCUCUCUCUGUAGUUCUUAUAAAUAUGCUCAAUGAAAUACAUAUACUCUGUUGUUAGUGGUGAAUGAUGUCUUGUGAUACUCUUUACGCCUUUGGAUAGUGCUGUGUUUAUUGUGUAUGAUGUAUUCUUAUUAGUAUUUAUGAUCAUGACUAUGACAAUAUAUCCAUUGUAUUCUUAUUCUAUGGAAUCCAUGUGAAACAAAAUCAAAUAAACUUGAAAUUAUUCUGUUGAAG